ACUACGGUUUCAAGAAUGGCCGCUCGAUGCGCACGCGUACUCGCCGCGCGACGCAACAGUCAUAAACAAGACUGCGUUUUGGUUGACGCUCCUCGCGUCCAAUUAUUGCUUCUACGGGGUUGACGGGGGUAUCUCAGGGGACGCAAUUUCGCGAUUUCGCCGCGUAUUUGUUCACACGAAUGUUCCUGACACCGCGGCAUAGCACGUCGUGAUACAUAAAUUUAGGACACACACUGGCAUGCGGUGACGUCAUCCAGAUCGUUCUAGAAGAAAUUCCGCGAAACAAAAAUGGCGGAUUUGUACGCCAAAUACAACUGCACCUAUUGCCAAGAGGACAUUGCAGGCCUACGUGUUAAGUGCAUUGAAUGUCCUGAAUUCGACCUUUGCUUGCAGUGUUUUUCUGCUGGUGCCGAAAUUGGCCAACACAAAAAUAAUCAUGCCUAUCAGUUUAUGGACUCUGGUACAAUUAGUAUAUUUAAUGGACGUGGUAAUUGGACAGCUAGAGAGGAACUUAGGCUUCUGGAUGCUAUUGAACAAUUUGGAUUUGGCAAUUGGGAAGAUAUCAGUACACAUAUCGAAACACGCACACCAGAAGAGGCAAAGGAAGAAUACAUUGCUAGAUAUCUGAAUGGUAACAUCGGAAAACAUACAUGGCCACCCACAGAGAGUUAUGUACCAAAUCUUACAGAUCAAACCAAGUCUGAUCAUGGUCCAUUGUCACCUGAUCUUACAUCCAAAUUACCACCAUUGGAUAUCACUCCGGAAGAAGCUACACAAUUGGGUUAUAUGCCUCAACGAGAUGAUUUUGAGAGGGUAAUAAUCAAUCUUAAGGAUUAUAACCAUGAAGCCGAAUCUCUCGUUUCUUCAUUAUUCCUGAAUCCUGCUGAGGACGAUGAUCUUGACAUCGCACUUAAAUUGGCGCAAGUUGAUAUGUACACCAAUAAUUUGAGAGAGCGAGCAAGGCGAAAACGCGUCGUAAGAGAUUAUCAACUUGUGUCAGCUUUUUUUGCAUCAUCCAGAAAAGACAAAGGAAUAAAAAAAAAACAUACAAAAGAAGAAAAAGAAUUUAGGGACAGAAUGCGUGUAUUCGCACAGUUUUACACAGCACAAGAGCACGAACAGUUCCUAACAAAUCUCGAGAGGGAAAGAGAAUUGCGCUUACGGCUCUCGGAGCUUUAUCGAUAUCGCGAGCAUGGUAUUACGAGGCACGAAGAAUGUGCUCAUCUAGAACAGGUUCUUGCGCAAACUCAGAGACAAAACGAUACAACGGAUUAUUGGACAGAAAAAAAAUCUGGCAGCAGUGGGCCGUUCACACCAAUACACCGCAGCACCUCAAAAAGAAGAGAAGAAGAAAAAAGUUACCCUUUCAUCGACCGAAAAUACACUAUAAAGCAAGACUUGCCCAGCAAUUCCACAAUCAAUCAAACCUGUCACAGUCGGACGACGAUUCCAGCCAAUCAGUGGGCGGAAUCGGAUAGCAAUCCUACUUCCAGUCAAUCGAUUUGCAGUCCCAAUUCUACCCAAGAAAGAAAAAAUUACAGCGCCGAUACCGCUUACACCCAAGAACGAAAUAUAGAAUUAGAGGCUGCAUCUCAUCUUUUAACACAGCAAGAAAAAACCUUGUGUAUUCAACUUGACCUAGAACCGACUGCAUAUUUGACACAAAAAACAAUGGUAAUAGAUGCAUAUUUGGAAGGUAAUAGAAGAUUGAAUGUUUUAACUCAGUCAGAACGGCAGAGCAAAAUUCUCCAUUAUUUGGUAACUAAUGGCUUGAUUGCAGCUAAUUGAUUAAACAAAAAUUUGCGACGUUAUACUAUUCUAAGUCAUCUUUAAUCUUGCAAGCUAAGUCCUAGAUAUAACUAGAGUUUGAGUCUGAUAUUAAAUAUGUAGAGCAGAUGAGCAAAGAGAUAAAGAGGACAAAUGCUGUUGGUACUUGUUUUACAAUGCUUUCACACAGCAAGAUAUUUCUAUGCAAUGUGAUUUAUUAGAUUGAAUAAAUAUAUAAUAAGGCGCAAUCUAUGAUGUAUCUAUCAUGUCCAUGAUAAAUUUGCGUCGCAAUGCAUUGAGAACUGAUUCUAUGGUGAUAAAUUCUCACCAAGUACUAAUUUCUUUGUUGUCUUUUCUUCAAACUAUAUAAUAUUCAUUAUAAUAGAAAGAAUAAUAGACAAUUUAAUUAAUCGUAAUAAACAUUAAUAAAAUGUUUUAAUCGAAUUUCUAGAAUAUAUUUUGCUUAGUUUUCAGAAUUUUGUGAGUGCUGUUUGAGAGAAUCUCUUAACACUGCCUAUGUAGAGCCAUUGAACAUGUUGCUCAAUUAAUUCUUCCAUUGUACUAUUUCCAUACACAGAUAAUGCUCACGAGCACUCUCUUUUCUAUUUGUUUUAAAUGUCAAAUAUAGUAACAAUUUUUUUUAAUGAAUAUGAAUAGAUUACAUAUAAUUACAAAUUAUAUAUGUAAUUAUGCCUUAAUUCUACUUCUUUAUUAUUAUUAUUAUUAUAUUAUUAUUAAUAUUAUUAUUAUUUGGUAGAUAGUGUAUAUUACAAUUAAAAUAUUGAUAUACACAUUGAGUUAAUCACAAUUAAUAAUGUAAUGUAUAAAAAGAAUUUUCUCGUUUCACAAAAAACUUAAAGUAAUAAAUUGAUUGAUUUAUAUAAUUUAUAUAAUUAAAAUAUUACAAUAUAUAUUUUUUGUGUUUUACAAAUUAUAUGCAAGGCAUAGUUGUAUAAUUAUCUGUAACUAUAUAUAUGUAAUCUAUUUAGUGAUUGGCGAUUGAAGAAUUCUUUCAUUUGCAUUAAAAAAAAAAAUUUCUUAUUGAUAAAGAAUGGUACAAAUACUAUAACACAUGGAACAUCGAUAAUAUAGAAUGCAUGAUAUUAGAUAAUUUAUCUGUCACUUUGUGUGGCAUUUGUAUAUAUGCUGAAAGAGUGAUACUUUCUUAGUGAUAAUAUAUUGUAAAGCACAAAUUAUUACAAUUCCAUGGCAUAUGAAAUGUCAUCAUUAUCAUUAAAAUUUAAAAUUAAACUUGCAAUAGCAAAGAAAAAAACAUUUAAAAGAGAGCUUUGAGAACAUAAUUAUUUUUUGCCACUUUUAAUAUAGAAACCAAAGUGUAUGAAAAUGUUCCUUUCAAAAUGAUGUCACUUAAUUGCAUGUAGAUGUAUUCUAAAUUUUGCAACGUACACCAAAAUUGUCUCCAUAAGAAGCCAUUCAUUUAAAUAUUUCUAAACGAUAUGUAUGAAUAUUUUUACAUAAAUCACAUAUAAUCAAAAGUUAUUUUAGCAUAUUUAAAAUAUUAUUAGGAAAAAUGAAAAUUCUAAUAUGAAAAUGUCAAAAUCGUGAUAGAUUUUAAAUAGGAAACGAUUAAAAUGUAAGAAUCAGAAAAUUGGCAUUUUGUAUGCUGAAGCAAAAUAUAUGGAAAUGGCUUCCAUGAAUCAAACUCUUUUUGAUGACAUUAAAGUGUAAAUAUUCAAUGAGAUUUCCAUCAUAUUUGUCCGCUUCGUGUAAUAAUAUCGAUUAAAUAUAAUUUUUUUAAUAAAAUUCAUUAAAUGUUAAACCUUUAUAAAUAAUAUAUUUUUAUCGUAUUUUAUCAAUGUAUACUUUGUUACAGUUAAUUAUCGAUAAUUAUAAUUUAAAUGUAUAAAGUGUAAAUAAUUUAUGUGUAUAUAUUUAGUAAUUUAUCGAUUGCGCGAUAUUAUUAUAUGAAACAAAUAAACAUAGUUUGCAUAUUUAGAAAAA